CACUCACUUCCGGUCUAUUGCUAGGCUAGCGCCGCUGUUGACGCCCAGAGGCUGAGCCGCAGCGGGGAGGCUUUAAACUGGAGCCGAUCUGAACAUCCAACAGAUGAUCUUCGCCAAAGCGAGACAAUAACGACUCAGUGUCUCGUUGGAAAGUCUGGAUUAUUUUGUGCCUCGUUUUCUGAGACGUUGUCCGGACCACAGCGGACCACAGCGGACCACAGCGGACCACACCCUCCUGCUUCCUCAUAGUGAAGCAGCGGGAGCGCGCAGGAUCUCUGGAUCUCUGGGAAUAACGCCGAACUUCCUUUUCGCAUUUUUACGAUGUUGUGGUCCUGAACAGGUCAUUAUGGACUCAAAUAGGACCGAGUAGCAUGGAUAGCUAGUCUCUGUGUGUCCGCACCGGGUCCAGGCUCAGCGCAGCGUCACUGACGGAUGAUGCCGGAGCGGCAGGCGGCAUCGAACCCGGCGCUCAGUCUGAGAAGGAAGAGGUUAAAAACGGACUUGUUGUUCGUUGAUGGACUGGCCUCUUGUCGUUGGAACUGCUAAAACAAUGGUGCUGGAGGACGAGCCCAAAGUCCCCGCUGUCCUGAAGAGCUGCACGGAGGAAGGAGCCCGGACCGGAACCAGCAGGAACAGGUCUCUCUCUGGGGACAAGUCGGACAAGAUCGCGGUCCAGUUACAGGCCUCAUGUUGGAGCAACAUGCUUGUAACUUAGAAACACUGCAAAAGAUUAUGAGCUAAUGUUGAGGUUUGCUUUGUGAAAGUUCUGUAGCCGAACUUCAUGAGGAGAAACCAUGUGGACCUGCAGUGUGUUUGUUCUGGAGAUCAGGAUUUUUAUUCCGCCUGAACCUGAGACUACAGUUCUGAUGACAACAGAUGGUUCUGUUAGGGGCAUUUAAUUAGAAACAAGGUUCAAGUUCAGUGUGUAGAAUCUGUUAGAGACCCUGUUCUAUUAAUACACUUUAUUAUCAUUAUUUCACAAUCAACAUCCACGGCUGGAAAUGAUCAAAUGAAAAGGUUUGAUUCUAAAUCAUCUUAAUAUCCAUUGCAGUAAUUGUGUCGAUGUCAUUCCACCUGUUUGCACUCAGCUCACAGUGCUAAGGAGAAACUUUAUCUGCAAAUGCUGAGCUGUACAUGAAGGAACUUCAAGAAAAACUGUUUGACAAGUUUGUAAAAAAAAAAAGGAAAAUAGAUUUUAACCUGAAAAAUGCAGCAGUACAAAGCUUGACAUAAGCGAAGCUUCACCCUCAUCAUUAUGGCCAGCAGCGGCUCUGACAGAUCCACUUGUGAGGGAUCAAGCAGCCCACUGAGUGGCAGUGUGCAGCAGAGGAAGCGGCUCUCCUUCAUCUGUGAUGCAUGUAAGGCCAAAGUGCAGAUGGUGGCUGACCUGUUGUUGCUGUCCAGUGAGACCCGGCCGGUCAUGACCUCUGAAGGUGUUGCACUGGCCGACACCUUUGACCAGUGUCGUGACACAGUCAUUGCCAGAACUAAAGAGCUGUCCAUUCUGACCCAUGACAUCCAGUGCCAGCUUAACAUGGGUCGCUUCACAGAGGCGGGGGAUCGCCUCCUGGAGAUGGCCGACUUGGUGGUUUCCCUGACUGAGUGCUCAACACAUGCCGCCUACCUGGCAGCUGUGGAGAACCCGGGCUCACAGCCCUGUCUGCCGGGUUUAGUUGAUCGCUACAAGGUGACACGCUGCCGACAUGAGGUGGAGCAGAGUUGCAGCAUCCUCCGAGUUUCUCCCCUGGCAGAUCUCACCCCUCAGGUUCUUCUUGAGCUUUCCCAAAACAUCUCCACUAAUCUCAAGACUCUGACGGAUAUCUCAUUGCUAGCCAGUGAGAGGUCCAGGGACCGCUUUGCUAAAGAGCAGUUCAAGUUGAGUGUGAAGAGCAUAAGCACAAGUGGCACUGCCUUCCUGGCCUGCAUUAAAGAAGUUAAAACCCAGCCCAGUGAGCUGACCAGAAAUCGAUGCCUCCUUUUUAGUGCUGCUCUGGUCCAGGCGGUCAGUGCCUUGGUUGGGUUUGCCACAGAGCCUCAGUUCCUGGGAAGAGCUGCAAGUGUUUCAGCCGAAGGAAAGGGGGUACAAACUGCAGUAUUAGGUGGGGCCAUGAGUGUGGUCUCAGCCUGCGUCCUCCUCACUCAGGGCCUGCGAGACGUCGCUCAGCAUCUUGAGAGCAGCUCCAAAAUGGCAGACUAUCGAGAGCGUCUGCGUAACUCAGCAUGUGCCGUGUCUGACGGCUGCACGCUGCUCACUCAAGCACUAAGAGAACGAUCUUCUCCCAGGGCUCUGCCACCAGUAAACUCUCAUUCUGUGAAUUAGUUCAGGUAAUGGCUGCUUGCCCUCUCGUCUCCUUUUUGUCUUGUGACCCACCAAAGAGGCUCACCUGGAUCACCCCUGUUCCAAUGUUUCCACCAUCGGAUUUGGAGCAGCCCUGUCUGUGUGUGUGUUUGCGUGUGUAGGUGAGAUUGGUGGGUGUGUGUGUGAGUGCACCAGGUCACUGAAACGACCACUACAGGGUUUGUGCUGCGCUGGAUGUGGCUUGAACCUUGUCAGCUCUGUGAUCCAGGGUCAGCUGACUGCUGACCUCAGCCAACGGACCGCAGCUCCAGACCGGAAAGUUUACCUCAGUGAAGACAAAAGCUUGAGUGAUGGAUGUAGCCUCACUCACUUCUGGACAUAUUUGGCUACAUGUUCUGCAUCAGAUUGGAGGAAAUGUUUCAGUGCUUGUAUUUUUUUAAACAAGUGUGAAUCUAAAAUUGUCAAAAAGCUGCUGUGAGUGUGUGCUGUAGGUUUUACACUAUUUACCAGACUUCCUAUAGUAUUUGAAGUGUUUUGACCUUGCAUGUAAUGGAGUAUUUAUUUCAGCUAAUAAAACAGUUGUUUUUGACAACCUAUUUUUGGUUAAUAGUAUUUGACUAAACAUCUUUCAGAGAGAGAGAAACAGAGAAACAGGAUUAUUUUUUAAAAACCUUGAGAAUAAAAUAUGAAAUAUUGA